GCGCGGAGAUCGGCAGUGCGCUGUGUCCCCCGGACACAGCAGAUCAACGGAAACAGCCAAAGAUGUCAGCUCGGUCAUGUGAUCAGCUGUGUCCAAUCACAGCUGAUUGCAUGGGACAUGUACACUGAUCAUCAGGGCACUGAUGAUCAGUGUGCCCUGAUGAUCUGUGUAGCCCCAACAGUGCCACUUGUCAGUGUCAAAUCAAUGCCAGCUGUCAGUGCUCAUCAGUGCCACCUGCAAGUGCCCAUCAGUGCCUACCAGUGCACAUCAAUUCCAAAUAUCAGUGCCCAUCUGAGCUGCCUUUCAGUGUCGCCUAUCUGUGCCAGUCAGUGCCACCUAUCAGUGCUCGUCAGUGCUGCCUAUCAAUGCCACCUAACAGUGCUAGUCAGUGCCACCUAACAGUG